AUGAAUAUCGAUUUUAAUCAUGGAAACUUGGAAGAUCAUGACGACAAUCUUCAGUUGGAACAAGGAAAUACAGCGAACAAAGAACAAGACUUUGAUGAUAAUCAAUAUGUACGUCGUCCAAAUCGUAAAAAACGAAAUGAGAUGAACGAUUUAGAUCUAGCAACAAAUUCCACAUGUACACCUAAACGUCAAAUAACAGAACAAAUUAAGGAUGUUGCUAAAGAAAAACUGAGCAUGCAAGGAACAGCAGCAUCAUUAUCAUAUUUUAAUAAUAAUCAUACAUUUAAAAAAGGAAAUAUAUGA